GGUGCAGGGGGAGAAGCUGCGGGCAGGCGGGCCGCCCGUGACGGGCAUUCUCUGUGUGCAGGUGGCUGAGGUCACCUCCCCCAUGGUGGACAGCAUAGCCGUGGAGCUGGUGCGGCUGCGGAGCCUGGAAGCCAAGGGCGUGACCGUGCGGACCCUCUCUGCGCAGGGCGAGUCCACGGACUCCGCCCCUGCUGCCAUCCCCCCCGACCUCCUGGUGCCUCCAACCCCCCACCUGAGAACUCCCACACCGAAGCCCUUAGCAAGUACCGGAGCCCCCGAUACCAAAGAUGAACACCUGGGUCCCCACGUCGCCAUGGACGGGGCCUGGGAGCAGAGUGGGGCCCCAGCCCCAGCCCAUGGGCACAUGCUGGAGCCGCCCAGCCUGCAGGGCUCGGGCCUGGGGAGGCGGUCCCCCUCGCCCAGCCGGAUCCUCCCACAGCCACAGGGUACCCCGGUUUCCACGUCCGUCGCCAAGGCCAUGGCCCGGGAAGCCGCGCAGAGAGUGGCCGAGAGCAGCAGGUUAGAGAAAAGGAGCAUCUUCCUGGAGAGGGGCGGCGGGCAGUACACAAACUCAGAUGAGGAAGACAGCUACGACUCCCCGGACAUCAAGAGGAGAGGCGCCUCGGUGGACGACUUUCUGAAAGGCUCAGAGCUCGGCAAGCAGCCGCACUCCUGCCACGGAGACGAGUACCACACAGAGAGCAGCCGGGGCUCCGACCUCUCGGACAUCAUGGAGGAGGACGAGGAGGAGCUCUACUCUGAGAUGCAGCUGGAGGACGGGGGCAGGAGGAGGCCCAGCGGCACAUCCCACAACACCCUCAAGGAGUGCUCUCAGAGUAGCAGCACCGAGGGGGCCUUCCUGGAGCGGCCUGAGCACCCCCACCAGACCCAGCAUAGUUCGAGGCUGUUCAGUAUCCCUGAAGUAGCCGAGGAGGGAGAGCACCUCGAGCUCUUGCACAAACAGGGCUUAGGGUACUGGGCGCGGGCCCGGGCCCGCGGUGGGGACGAGGCCCCGCAGGCCUCCUGGCUCCCAGCUGAGCCCCGGGGCCUGGCGGUCGGCCCCCGUGUGGAAGACUUCGCUCUGCAGGACAGAGGCUGUUGGUCCGGCCGCACGGCCAGCAGGAGCCCGGACAGUGGCCUGGACUGUGGGAGUGAGGAGGAGCUGUGUUUCAGCUUCAGGAGCACGACCAGGUGCAGCCCGGGCCCCGGGCACUGUCCCUGUAGGAGAAGCCUGCGGCCGCUGCUGGCCCGACGGCGGACACUGACCCGGCAGAGCAGCAUCGAGGAGGACUUUGGGGAGCAAGUGGACCCCAGCGACGUCCUCAGGAGCCAUGACGCCCACCCGAGCCCAGAGAGAUCCGCCCCCAGGAAGUAUGACUGGGAGGAGCCCCCAGGGCACCAAGGCCCGCGGGAUGUCUGGAAGAAAAGCAUAAACAUGCCCGACAGUAGGGCCACUGUCCCAGAGGCUCCGCCCCGGGUGGCAGAAGGCCCUGUGAGCACAUGGCUGCUCAAUCCUUGA